CUCUUUCAUUGGAAAAUUAGGAAUAAUUUUAGUUAUCCUAACUGACCUAAAAGAGGAAAUGUUCAGUCUUUCUUAAAGUUUAAGAAAAAAAUUAAAAAAUAUUUGGUUUGUAUGACAAAUGUUGAACCAGAAGAGUGACCGUCGUUGGAUUGAAGUAGUUUCAGUUACAUUUUGUUCCUUUUAUGGUUCCUUUCCAGAAGGCUGAUGGUAUUUUAGGAGCUUUGUGGAAAAAGCACAGAAUAUUUACAACUGAAUGUUGGCUUUCUUUAAUAUGUAAGCUUCAAGUAGGACAAUAACAUAUUAAUGAAUACAUACUGGGACCUUUAUACCAAACCUUUUGUAUCUUUGCACCAAUUGUGCAAGAUGCUGAAUCAAUUCCAUGGUUCACAUUUCAUAUUAAAAAUGAAAGUUGAAUUCAAAGGGAAUAAUUAACAUAUGUGAAUAUUUAAAAUUUUGAACAAUAAAAAUUAAGAGCCAAGACCAUGAAAAAGAAAAUAAAAGCAUAAAUUAUUACCUCUUCCUAUUCACACAAUCAUUUUGAAUCCUUUUCAUGCUGUGCAUAGAUGAUCAUUUAUCUGAUGAAACAUUUGCAUGGCUGAGCCUUAUUGUCUCAUGGUCUAAACGGAGACCAAACAACUCUGAUAGUAAUAGAGCUAUGGUAAACCCCAUAGAUAUUUAUUAUUCUGCACUUCCUGUGUCAGAUUAUGUAUCCUAAGAAGUUGAUCAAUAAUCAGGUCACUAAUUCAGGGCCUGACAGGAAGUGCUCCCCCACAGAUACCAUUACUGGUAUUAAUUCUGUCAGAGGAUGGGGUAGGGUCAGAGGAGUGUCAGUGCUCUGUAUGGUGAUAAACUGACCUUUUAGACUGUUCUCAUCUUGUUUAAGACCUCUCCCCCUCUCAAACACAACCUUGGAUUUUUUUCUCAAUCCUGUUUAUAAGCCUGCAGUCUUGGUGGGGGAUGGGACUUGGGAAUUAAUUUGUUUAAUGAGGAUCUGGUGGCUUUAUUUUACACUUGCAGCGUAUUUUCCACAGAACAGAAAGCAUAGAAAUAUUAGAAACCAUUAACGGAAUCCUUUUUGUUCAACCAUUUUAAUGUGGUAACUGGCAAAUGUUCUAAAAUUGUAUGUUGAUGAGCAUAAAUGGUUUAAAGUUAUCAGUUUGACAAAGCGUUUGACCCAUUAGCUGCUGGGGGGCAAAUAUUUUUCCUUUUGAGACUUCUGAAAUAUAAUGUGACAGUCAAUCUACAAUUACUAUUUCAGAUCACAGAAAGUCCUGCUAUGGUGAUAUUCAAUAACUUCUUAAAAUAAGACCCGGAAGGCUGUGUUCUAUAUAGAUGCAAUAGGUUGAAUAUGGUAGCAUUUUAAAUAUGUUGAACUUCAACAUAAAUUAGUUGUAAUUAAUACUAUUGAUGGAACUUUUUAAAUAUUUUUUGUGCCAUUUAUUUUUCCAUGUGAAUCAUAUGUCUUCAUUGCUCUUUCCCCUUGACAAAAACCCCACCCUUUCAGUAUAAUCAAUGGGGAGUGGCGCUGGAAGGGGUGGCCGCAGCAGUUAGGUUGUCUGUGAUUUGCUGACAUGCACUCUAAUUGGAUCAUGUAGGAACUUGCUUAGCUGGGUGCUUUGUGCUUGGAUUGGGAGCUGCCUGCAAAGACAGAGGAAGUGAGGCAAAUAGGGAGGAGGCCAGAGACUGCUGUGCACUCCAGUUGGAGAGAAAAGCCAGAGAGGAGGAGUGAGUGAGGAAAGAAGGGGAGUAUCCAGCCUCCUCUAACCCACUGCUGCUGCAGCCCCCCUCCCUCUCUCUAGGAUCCUCUUUCUUUGCCUUUUCCCCUUACUCAUCUAUUUCCUUGGCUGCACUGAGAGGAAGGACACCUGCCGCUCCCAGAUGAUUCAGCCUUUCAGCGGUUUGGAGCACUUUAGACAAGACAGCAUGUCCGUCCUGCCACUGCAGUGCCUGCCCAGCCUGUCCUUGACGAUACAGUUACUGCAGCCAGCCCAUCACAUCGACACCGCCCCUUCUCUUUCCCCUGCCAAAGUGUUCAGAUAUUUUGACUACUGUACAACUCCAUGAUUAUAUGUCAUUAAAAGAUGUGCAAAGAGCUGGGUUUCCUUGGAUGCAGGCCGUCUACCUACCUCGUGGACUGCUGUCAAGCUUUCGGUCUCUGAAGGGCAUUUUGUUUUACCGUCCUCUGAAAUCUGUCCUCUGACUCCUACAUCCACAUGCUGGAAAACCUUCGUGGCAGACCCUGAUUGUGUGAUGCCCUGUUUUAAUGAUUGAAGAAUUCAGAGACACUUCAUCCAACAGUUCAAAAGGAUGACUGAGGGAAUGGAGGACUACUCUGCAGGACCAGCUCCAUCUCCUGAAACAGCCUCCCCCACUGGCCCGCCUCCUGAUACUGGACCAGUCCCAGAGGAGAAACCAGAGGAGACGGAGACAGCUGUUGAGAGUGGGGAUGAGGGCGUAAAGGGAAUUACAGAGGAAGGUAGCGGUGAUGGGGUGCAUGAGGGUGCUUUGGAAAUUGUGGCUUUGCCUGGGACCUGCUGCAUCUGCAUUGAGAUGGAACAGAUUAACCAUUGCCUGCAAUCUGAAAAAAUCUGCAUUCUGCCCAUCUUGGCCUGCCUACUUAGCUUAGCCCUUUGCACAGCAGGACUCAAAUGGGUAUUUGUGGAUAAGAUCUUUGAAUAUGAACCACCCACUCACUUAGAUCCUAAACCCAUUGGACAGGACCCAAUAAUUAUAUCUGUGAAUCCCACACUUGGAAUCACGGUCUCGAUUCCUCAUUCAGCUCCCUCUACUGUCUCCCUGACCACUACCAUCGCCAUUACACCAGGAAAUCCUGACAUUUUUGGCAAAGAGAAAUCUACAGUGGGGCCAUUUGUGCCUCCAUCUCCACAAGUGACAUAUCCUUCUGUGACGCUGAAAUACAAUGCUGAACGUUCUACUGUUCCAAAGCAGAGCACCAACCCACAAACAACACAAGACUUAGACAAACUCAUUAAAACUAUCUCUACCACCAGCACCUCCACUACAACCAAGAGCUCCAGCCACAUAAUGCGUUGCAGCGAGAGCCAGAAGAACUACUGCGUUAAUGGAGGAGAAUGCUUCACACUUGAAAUUAUGCCUGGCAGUACAAAGUUUCUAUGCAGGUGCUUGGCCGGAUUCACUGGGCACCGAUGUGAACAGGCUGUGCUUAAGAAAGUCUCAGACCCAAAACAAGCUGAGGAGCUGUAUCAAAAGCGCAUUUUAACCAUAACAGGGAUCUGCAUUGCACUCCUCGUUGUUGGAAUCAUGUGUGUGGUUGCUUACUGCAAAACAAACAAGCAAAGGAAGAAACUACGUGACCGUCUGAGGCAGAGCCAGAAGAAGAAGAGAAAGAACAAUGCAAAUACUGCUAUUGGCUCCAGUACAGAAAGCUCUGCUACAGGAUGUCAGAGUUCUGGUGUGCCUCUUCACAAUUUGAAGAAAGCUAAUCCAUGCAAUGGUUCUAUAAGGCUGGAUGCAACUGAGGAGACAGAAACAACCUUUCCCACGAGCAAAUAUGCAACUGCUAAUCAGCCCACUACACUCACCAACAUCUCCAGCCAAAGAUUUGCUUCUUCCAUGAAAGGCCUGUCUCAACUGUCUCCAGACUCAAAGACAGCUCUAAGCGCGCCCAUCUCUCCUCCAUCAGAGAUGUCUGCUCCACUGUCCAGCCUGGCAAUUUCUGUCCCCUCAGUGGCUUUAAGUCCCUCCGUUGAGGAGGAGUGCCCGUUGCUGCUCUCAAAGAAAAGUCAGCAACACAUAUCUUCAAGACUUGCUGAUCAGAAGAGGAGCUUUUCCCACUACAAUCACGGUCUUGCAGCACAUAGCUUACCUUCCAGCCCAUCACUUCUUGCAAAGAAUGUUACCUACGGAGUCACAGGGGACUGUGACACCACUGCUGCCAGACACAGUUUUUUAGAAUUACCUGAGAAUCAAAUGAAUCAAACCAACAGUACCAGUAACUGCAGCACCAAAAGAGCUGCAUGCCAUGGCGUGCGUUCCAUGGAGUCCAGUGACAGCAUGCUAUUCAGUGAAACAGGCGAGCCUCAGGGAGGUAACGCACCCUUCUUUGCUGCAGACAGCACCACAGCCCUUUGGGAUAUGGAGAACAGCAGGACUAACCCAGCAUCACCAAGCCAUGUCCUGCAGGUUAAACUUUACAAUCCCAUUGCUGUGUAAACAGAAAUACCCUCAAAUUCUACAGAGAAAAAUUCUCUUCAAAUCUAACAUUCAACAAGCUAACUUCUAUUCAAAGACUUUUUAAAAAAAACGGAAAAGAAACCUAUUUUAGUGAUGUAGUAAAUAAAGAGUUUUGUAAAAACUGAAACAACUGUACAAACACGUUUAUGAGCUGCAGGUGAAGUGCCAUAUGCUAGUAUGUAGCAAAGGUUCCCAGUAGAUUUCAGAGCAGAAAAAUAUCAACGGUGCCUUUCUGUUUAGUGUGGUUGAAUGCUGAAAUGCAUUUCAUACUGAGCUAUGGAUCACUGUCCCAAGAUUUUGUUGGGUCCAGAGGCAUGCUAUGAUAAAAUAUUGAGCAUGUUGUGGUUUGAUUUCCAGCUAUUUCCUUUGACAGGUCACUCCUUUCAUCCCCUUGUCUGAUUUGUCCACUGAAAUGAAAUGCAUCACUGAACUAUCGCACCUGGACUCAUGCUCAGUAAUAGUUUUUAACAUGGCUCAUACCUGCAUUUGUUGGGAGACACAGCGAUCAUGCUAUUUUUUGUUGGUCUCUAUCUUUCCCAGUAACCAAUCACUGAAUAAAUAUAACUGUGAGAUAAAUGUGCAAUCACUAAAAUCUACUUUCUAAGUGUUACUAAUGCUGUCACUUCUAUACGUAACAUAACCAUGUAGAUUUCUUUCAGUUACAUAUUGGGUUUUAAUCUGUAUUGAAGUUAUCAUGCUGAUGUUGUCACACUCGAUCUGCAGGCUGGGGAUUUUCCAAUAGGGCUGCAUAACAGAAUGCCAAUGUCUGCAACUUAACUCUUUACCAAGCUCCUUUUAAAAGCUGUCCUGUGAGAUGUAAUAUAAGUAAAUACUGAAUAUUUAAAACAAAGAAAUGGAAAUAAAGAAGGAGAUGCUUUUGCUGCUUUUUUGCUGACCUGUAGCAAAUCACUGGAGUGAAAAUGGCUGCUAAAAUGGAUCUAGAUGUAGUCAAAUACACUGACUUUAUCUUCAUUUGAGUGAAACAUGAUCUUACAUCUUCUAACAAAAAUGUCUUGUUUAAAAGGGAUUGUUUCAUUUGUUUCCAAGGAGGCAGUUAACUUUGUUUCACAAACUGUAGAAAUACUCAGUAACCCUGAAAGACAACGUUGAAAAUGCAGAAUAAAUGCAGCUUUUUUUUCUGUCAUGAAGUUACACAUGUUGUGCCGAUGUAGACAUUUGGUGGCAACAGAUAAUGCUUUAAAUACACAUAAUGCUUAACUGCCUUCAGUCGUAUAUCUUGGGCUUCCAAAUUCAACAACUCCCAAAUGUCAAAAAUAGUUAUUUGCACCUCUGUUUUAAAAUGCUUCAGUUUGUGACGUAUGUUUGUGGUGUCAUUGCAAAUGUAAUAAAAAAAAGAACGAAGCAGGAUUAACUGUCCAUUAUAUGAUUGGCCCCACAUCUACAGGAUCAAGACUUCUGCUGAACACUUGUCACCAUAGAAUGGGCAGAUUUUUUUCAAGAAAAAUCCUAUAGUUUCUGGACCUUGUAAAUAAUCUUAAUUUACCAAAGUUAAAAGAAAUACUUAUAAGAAACUAGUAAAAACAAUUACAUAGUUGAUUGCCAAUUUGCUUAGUUUAACACUGUAGAUCUUUGACUUUUCAGCUGUGUAACUACUCAAUAAAAAGCAUUGGUCUCAGUGAAUUGAAA